UUCACGAAAACUUUAUUCUCUUCUACCUGCAGCCCCCUCCUCUCUCUCUCUUUUUUCUCUUUCUUCUUCUUCUACCCACGCCCUUUUCUCUUUAUCCUUCCAUAUUCUCCACCCCAUCUACCCAUCGUGAUUCAUGUCCCUUCAUCUACGCCUUCAUCACACGCUUCACCAAGAUCGACUGUUGCAGAACCUUGCCGCCAUCAGUACCAUUGUCGGAUUCCAGUGCGGACAAGCCGACCGAGAGCGAGAGAGUGAGAUCAAGAGCGAGAGAGCACGAGAUCGAGAGCGAGAGGAUCUUAGCAACUACGUUAUUGGACAAUUUAACAACCAAGGAAUCAGCGCGCGUCUUCAUUUUUUCCCUCCUCCGUCCCCUGGAAGUCCGAUCCGAUCCGCCGGACGACGUGAAGAUUCUCUAAACUUCUUCUAGUUCGCGUGGCGGACAUAGACACGGUGGCGCCGGCAAUGAGGACGAACGGCCGAGAUUUUUCGACACCAAAGCGAAAGCCAUUUGUAUUUGUUGGGCAAAGGCCGACACUGCGACCGGUCGCCGCCGGUAAUGUCGUCUGCAAGCUUCCUCUGCUUAGACGAUCACAUUGUCCCUUUCUCCAAAGGGUGAAGAAAUUAGUUGCGUGUGGAAGCGGAACAUUUGGACGGACUCGGGUAUGGAUCUUGAUCAAUACCAGCAAGCAUAUGGGAAAGUAUUUUUCAUUCCACAAACAAUUUUUUAUUAAAUUUCUCAGCCAUUUCUCCUUCUUUUCGUUUACGCUCGACCAGUUCAAAACUCUUCAUCCCAUUUCCUUCAUUUUUAGCCCCAAAAAAGUUCCCGCUGUUUUCAUGGCUUAAUUUUAAAAUAUUCUUAACUUAUUCGGAAAAACUCAUAAUAUAAGUAUGAAGGACAAAGAUGCUGACCGUGAUCGCUCAUGGCCUAUUCUGUUGAUUAUUUUGUUCACCUUAAUCACAGGUACAGUUGUUGAGGGACAAGAAUUGCAGAGUGACACAGAAGUUUUAUUACAGUUGAAAUCUUUUCUGGAAGAACACAAUCCCGUUAAACGAGGAAAAUAUUCGUCCUGGAAUUUACAGAGCUCCCCCUGUUCUUGGUCGGGUGUAUCCUGCAAUCUAAUAAAUUCCCGAAUCACCGGAAUUGACCUCUCGAAUGAAGACAUCUCCGGCAAGAUUUUCCACAAUUUCUCUGCCUUGUCGGAGCUGACCCACCUAGACCUCUCCAGGAACACUAUCUCCGGCCAAAUUACCGGCGACUUGAACAACUGCAGAAAUCUUCGGCGGCUGAAUCUUUCCCACAACAUCCUCGACGACAGGUUGAAUUUGUAUGGGUUGGUCAAUAUCGAGACUUUGGACCUGUCGGUCAACCGGAUUUGGGGAGAAAUAACAUUGAACUUUCCGGGAAUUUGCAGGAAUUUGGUGUUCUUUAAUGUUUCUGGUAAUAAUUUUACUGGCCGGCCGGAUGACUGUUUCGACGAGUGCCGGAAUUUGCAGUAUGUGGAUUUGAGCUCCAACGGAUUUAGCGGCGGGUUGUGGUCUGGGUUGGCGAGGACUCGGGUGUUUUCGGCGUCGGAGAAUCAAUUUUACGGCGCGGUCUCGCCGGUGAUAUUUUCAGGGGUUUGUAAUUUGGAGGUGUUGGACUUGUCGGACAAUGAAUUGGACGGCGAAGUUCCGGGGGAGGUUUCUAAUUGUGGGAAUUUGUCUUCUUUGAAUCUGUGGAGGAACAAAUUUUCCGGGAAAAUUCCGCCGGAAAUUGGAAGGAUUUCGAGUCUGCAAAAUUUGUAUCUGGGGAAGAACAAUUUUUCUCGGGGAAUCCCUGAAUCCCUUUUGGAUUUGAGCAAUUUGGCCUUUCUUGAUUUGAGCAUGAACGGUUUCCGAGGAGAGAUUCAAGAAAUUUUUGGGAAAUUUACACAGGUGAAAUUUCUUGGUCUUCACGGGAAUUCCUACACUGGAGGGAUUUAUUCUUCUGGGAUUCUUAAACUGCCGAGACUUGCUCGUUUGGACUUGAGUUACAACAACUUUUCAGGCUCAUUGCCUGUAGAAAUCUCUGAAAUGAAGAGCUUAGAGUUCUUAAUUCUUGCCUAUAAUCAGUUCCAUGGAAGCAUUCCUUCAGAAUACGGGAAUUUGCCAAAUCUUCAAGCACUUGAUCUCUCGUUCAACACCUUAAAUGGGUCAAUCCCAAGCAGUUUUGGGAACUUGACUUCACUYUUGUGGCUAAUGCUGGCAAACAACUCUUUAACAGGUGARAUUCCUAARGAGUUGGGGAAYUGUUCUAGCUUGCUGUGGCUUAAUCUUGCCAACAAUCAGCUAUCCGGSCCGAUCCCGUCUGAGCUAAUGAGCAUCGGAAGAAAYGCCAYGRCCACGUUCGAAKCRAAUCGACGAAWCRARAAGUUCAUYGCCGGGUCGGGGGAGUGCUUGGCAAUGAAGAGAUGGAUCCCRGCAAACUACCCUCCUUUCAGCUUUGUCUACACAAUUCUCACAAGGAAGAGUUGUAGAAGCAYUUGGGAUAGGCUAUUGAAAGGGUAUGGACUUUUCCCAUUUUGYAGCAAAGUURGGACUUUGCAAAUCUCUGGUUAUGUUCAACUAAGUGGGAAUCAGUUCARUGGUGAGAUACCAAWUGAGAUUGGGAAAUUGAAGAACUUCAGUAUGUUGCAUUUAAGUUGUAACAACUUCAGUGGGAAACUCCCUCCAGAGUUGGGUAAUCUGCCACUGGUUGUUCUAAAUGUAUCAGAGAACAGUUUUUCRGGCGAGAUCCCGACCGAGAUUGGAAAYAUCAGGUGUCUGCAGAAUCUAGAUUUAUCAUACAACAACUUCUCAGGCAUCUUCCCUAGAAGUUUGACCAACUUGAAUGAGCUUAACAAGUUCAACAUCUCAUACAAUCCUCUUAUAACAGGGGAGGUGAUUCCAAGCGGACAAUUUUCGACAUUCGAGAAGGACUCAUACCUCGGAGAUUCUCUGUUGCGCCUUCCAUCGUUCCUCAACACAACCCCGCCAAAGUCGCGGUGGUACCCCACGAUAAUGGGAGGAACCUCUAAACCGACUUCGCAGUCGCUGUUGCUUUCCUUUUUUCUUUCUUCCGUUAUUUCUUUUCUUUUCUUUUUUAUCUUCUCUUUUUCUUUUUUUCUAAAGAGGCUUCCUUGAUCCUUAUCACUCAUCCUUUCUUUUUUGUGUGUUUUUUUUAUUAUUAUUUUGAUAA